CACAUUCGUUACCAAUGACUGGUCCGAAUCUCCACCUUGAUGAUACUCUCGGAUGUGUUCUUGUUGGCGCAUUGCUUUCGGCUGUGCUAUAUGGUUGUGCCUGCUCUCAAAGCAUUUUCUAUCUUUGGAACUACAGGAACGACAAGAUCUCCAUAAAAUGUCUCGUCGCAAUCUUGUGGCUGCUGGACACUGCACAGAAUAUGAUAAGCUGCCAGAGUAUCUGGUAUUAUUUUGUGCAAAAUCGCGGAGAUAUUAUCGGGAUCAUGAGCUUAGUUCCCACUUUUGGAGCAUGGCAGCUUGUUCUCUCCAUGACUGAAUUGGCCGUGCAUUGCUUCUUCAUAUCCAACAUCUGGCGACUCAUGACCAACAAGUGGAUUCGGAUCCCAUUGACCAUGGCUGUGGCUUCUCUCUGUCUUACAUCAUUCAUCAUGAACAUAUUGCUCGUCCGAAAAAGGUGGAACAUGCACUACAUGGCAGAGUUGGAGGCAGAAGUCAAGGUUAACACAUUUGCGAACCUGGCAAGCACGCUCGCUUCGGAUACGGUUAUCUCAGUGAGCCUCGCAUACAUAUUACACAGGAGCCGCACUGGCUUUAGGCGUACCGAAUCUAUAAUUACCAAGCUCGUUAUCUAUUCAGCAAACCGUGGCGUUAUCAUUUUCAUUGUACAGUUGUUCGUCCUGGUGGCGUACUUUUGGGUGCAGGAUAAUCGUCUCGUAGUCAUGAUAUUGUACAUGCCUCUGGGGGAUGUCUAUACCAACACCUCCCUCGCUAUAUUGAACGCACGCCGCCACGUAACAGCAAGCAGCUAUGCUUUAUCUGAGAUCGGCCGCUCGAUCGAGAUGCCGACGGAAGAUUAGAGUGCCGUAUUCGUCUUAUGAUCGCUGCCCAGUUCCGACCAGUUCCUUAAGGAGCAGCUAGGACGAAUACUAAUCAGCCUAGCACAGAAUCGAAGAAUCGACGAAGAUAUCAAACAGCUUAGCAAGCUGUUCGCGCUUUCUGAACGAGUCAUGGAAUCACACUAUGUACACGGGAGCAUGCUUAUAUAUCGCAAAUGAU